AUGAAAAAGAAAGUCACUGAAAGGCCCACCACAGACCGUAUCUUCUGGCCAAAAUGGCAGAUCAAAUUCAGCAACAACACGGUCUACCCAACCGAGUUCGGCGGAGUCCACCUCGGAACUUUGGCUGAAAAGCAGGCACCGAGAAACCCGCACGAGCCCAAGCCCAGGAAAAAAGGCUUCUUCCCUCCACUUGACAUGCUGUUCAUCGACAGCUACGUAUUCGAUUACUACGAGCGCCCGGACGUCGAAAUAGGAUUCGACACAGGUGGCGGCGUGCCCGGAACUUUGAAUGUGGUCGAGAAGGUCGCAAUCAACGCCAGCUCGCUGUCCCACUCAAAAGAGAAGGAUGGCAUAUGGUUAAAGAAACUACGGUUCAUCCUGCACAACUUCCCAAAAGUCAGGGCCAUCAAUGUGCUAACUUCCGUGGUUCUCGACAUGGCGAGUCCAGCCUCCCUGCCAGAGCCGAUCUACUUCAUGGACGUCGCAAACACCUCGGUUCGUGACCGUAUGCGCCAUGGAAUCCUGACCGGAGACGAGCUGAGAAUGUUACCCAACAACCCCGAGACCCUGCGGCCUAGUGACUUCGCCUUGCAGGAGUGGGAUAGCCUGCCGAAGGAGUGGCCCAUGUUCGGGAAGCGAAAGGCGAAAGGCACCGCCCCAGAACUGUACAUGGGAACGAUGGUAUUCUUUGGGAAGGAGUGGGUCAGUCUGGAAGGGGUCGGGGCACCAGGGCGUCUUUGCUCCUUGGGAAGUCGGAGUGCGGAUCCCAUGGGGGCUAUCGUCAGGAGGGAGAAGGACAAGCCUGCUCAAAUGGCUCAGGCGGACACCCGAGCGCCGGACAAGAAGGAUCUCAAGAAGAAACCCUCGAAGUUUGGCCUGAGGCACAAGGGAUCGGGUUUGUCGCUCUUGAGGCAAGCAUCGACAUUUUCCAUGAGGAGCCAGCCGUCGAAGCCAAGUCUCAAGCGUCAAAAAACAUGGGCUUAG